AUGCAGCCGCGUUUACUCUUGCUAGUCGCAUCGACCAUUGGUAAUGGCAAGACGGGCAGGGGGAGGAAGCGAAGGGGGCACAACCGCCGCCACAGAAGAGGAAGUGAUAGUCGCCGCAAGAGUUUCCGAAUUGCCCUGUUGCACAUCUACGUGCUGGUGCUCUCCCUAAUUUUGUUGAUUCAAAAUGGGGGCUCCGUUCAGGCGUACCGGGUGACCCUUCGCGGAGACCACUUGGGCUCUCUUCCCAAUGCGGGGGCCAAAAGGAACAGAAGGUUCUCCUCCAGGCGCUACGCCAAAGGGGGGAGCAGCACAAUUGGUAGUGGCAGUGCAAAGGGUGAUAACACCAUACUCCCAAGUGAAGAACACCACCCCACAGGUAGAAGCACAUCGAACAGUUACUUCAACUCCCUCUGCUCCAGCAGUGUGCUAAACAAGAGCGUGGACGAAAAUGUAAAUUUCGAGGAUGGGGUGGUGAGUUUCUUCACACUGAACCCAAAUCCGAACAUUGGCUUUUUGGUUGGCAGGAUAAAGCGGCGGAGUGCAACGGAUGUGCUUGGCAGUGACGCAACAGAAGAGACAGGUACGACAGAGGAGACAAACGAACCGGCGACCCCUCACCAAAAAAGGACAAAAAAAAUUCGCCUCAAACUGAAGAGAGGGUACAUGAACGAAGUGUACGACAGGGAGAAAAAAAGGCUGAAUGAAGCACUACUUUCCUUCGAGGACAAAAGCAUAUUCAGAACGUCCAAAAAAAAAAUAAAAGAAAACAUACUUCUCCUAAAUGGACAAACCGUAAACAUAGAGGUGAUAAAACAAUACUUGUUUCAUAAGUUAAGAUUAGAGUAUUAUGAGAGCAUAAGGGACCAGAAGAAAAUCCUGACCUUGGAUCUAUGGUCCAAGGAAAUUAAUGUAUCCGUUGAAAAUUUAAAAAAGCUCAUUGUUUAUAUUUACAAAAUGAAGACGCUGGUGCAGAAGGAAGAUGAAGAAUUGCUGAUCAAGACAUACUUUUACAACAAGACGAAUAUGUUUAGUUUGUUCAGGAACGGUGCUGCAGGAGGAGGGGAUGUGGUGGCCCCGUUUGACUUUUCCGUGCCGGACGUGGGCUCCUCGGCUGGCGAUGAAGCGAAAGGGAGCGAACCUGAUCCGAAAGGAGGACCUGCCAAGGGGGAGCGACUUUCCGCUGCUCCCAUCCCCCCCAAACGGGACAUCUUCACCGACUACUUCGACAACAACGAAGUGGUCCUCUACAACGACUGCGAAAAUUUAAUAAACUCAGAAGUGCAGAAAUUCAUCGAGUGCAUUAAGGACAUUGUCUUUUUUGAGAAUUCCAUUUACAUGUUGGAAAAGUUGGAGAAUAGACCGCCCCUCCUGGAGGAAGUAGCCUUUGCCUACAACUACGACAAGGACAUUUUCAUAGAAAAGUUAGAGGUUAAAAUAAAGUUAUCCCAAAAAUUGCUAAUAUAUUUCAUCCCCCUGAUUAAUAAUAUUAUACGGAAAGCUGAAUCCAAUUUUAGCAGUAACUUAAGUGAAGACGACUUCUUACUCGUCAGCUUAGAUGCUGUGAAAAACGGGUUCAGAAGAUAUGACGUGGAAAAAUUAGGAAUAAAAAAUCUCACAAAGUAUGUCUACAUCUGGGCAAAAAACAGCACCUACAAUUACUAUCAGAAGCACAAGUCCUUCGUGUCCGUUUCACCACAUACUUACAAAGAUUAUAAUAAGGUAAAAAAAUUUGAAGAAAGUUUUGAAGAAAAACAUGAAAGAAAACCGAGUAUCAAAGAAAUAGCAGAUGGAUUGGGUAUGACCAUGGAACGGGUUCAGAAGGCUCUCUCCUCAGCUGUAAACGUCAUAGAUGCUGAAAAGCCAAUCGUCUACCAAAAUAAUAAUUCGGCCCACCCAGAAAAGAAUACCUACACAGAUUUAAUUGUCAACGCAGAUGAUAUCCAUAGCAUGAACGAAGUGGUGUACAACGACCUGGUCAUAAAGGGACUACGAAAGUUUAUCUGCAAGUCGCUAAAAAAAAAAAUCAAUAAGCUAAUUAUUUUUAUGAAGUUUGGGCUUUUCUUGAGGAAAAAAAUUUUCACGGAUGAUGAAAUUUGCCACACGCUACAGAUUACGAAAAAUAAAUUACAAAAGCAUUUUCAGCUCUCCAUAAAUGAGAUAAAAAAAUAUAUUACGAAGAUUAAGAAGAAUAAGUCCGAGGCCGAUCCUAAUAUGGACUUUUCCUCGUACAUCAACUUUUCUCAGUACGACUUUUUGGGGAACGACUUUUCCCAAAUUUUGAUAUAA